AAAGUUUCAAACUUUAGCUGGACUCACCCUGUAUGAUAUUUGUUUUAAGUGAAGGGGUUAAUUCAUGUAGCCAGUGACCGAAUAUAUGUUUAGCAGUAAUUGGGAACAUAAUUAUCUUAGGUUAAGGCGGAAUGAAAGGUUUAUUUUGUAUGGAUCCCUUGCUUACAAGGGAAAGAGAUGUUGAAAUAGAUCUUGAACGUGGUGGGACUACCAGUGAAGAUGAAAGAACAAAAGAUGAUGUUUCACAAAGUUUACAAACAAAGAGAACUCUCAGUGGAGUUUGGAGUGAUCUUUGGAGCUUCAAUAGAAUAGUCAAGGGUGAAAGUGGCAUAAAUUCGUGUGGUAGUACUUCGAGUUUUGGUGCAGUGCCCGAUGAGAAUGCAGAAUUCUUGACGGACAAGAAUUCGGAAGGAGAAGAGAAUCAUGAACCCUUGGCGUUGGCGGAGAAGAACAUAAGGGAAGUGAAGUGCAAGAAGACAAACACUAGGAAACCUCCCAAACCACCACGGCCUCCAAAAGGUCCGAUGUUGGAUGCUGCAGACCAGAAGUUGGUGAGGGAGAUUGCUGAACUUGCCAUGAGAAAACGUGCUAGGAUGAAACGGAUUAAAACAAUGAAGAGGAUGAAGGAAGCAAAGGCAUCAUCAUCAAGCACUAGCCGUUAUGCUAUGGUCAUCACAAUUCUCAUUUGCUUCAUCAUACUCUUUCAAGUUAUAUGUUCCAGACAAGGUGCAAGUGUGAUGUUGGAGGGGUCUUCUGCACCUGCAGUUGGCUCAAGUGAAGGCUUGAUUUCUGUUCAGUUUUACAAGAGCUUUCCAAUGACCGGAAAUCACGGUCACAAGCUUCCCAGCUUGUUAGAACAUCAGGUUUCUGGUACGAUUAUUGGGAAGAAAUCGGGAAAGUUGCCCGCCGACGCCAAAAAAUAGCCUGCCGAAGUUGCUAAUGUCGUAUUUUGUGCGGUCAUGUGCAAUUGGUUUCCUUGGUAAACAAAAUUUUGAUUACAGAUUUCUGUAUACGUGAAUUGAAUGCCGAGCACCAGUUAUUGUAUAGUUUAGUUAGUAGUAUUAGUCGUGUAAAUUAUCGUAUGAAAAUAUCUUGUAGUCAAUGGGGUACCU